CGGAAGGCAAUGGAGCAUGCCAGAGCAGCAAUCUCUAACUGGUUGAAUGGCGAGUCGAUGUCGUACACGCGCUUCAGCAUCGCCCGGCAGAUGGAUGGGGACAACAGCCAUGUGGAGAUGAAUCUGUCUGCUGAUGAUGAGGGAGGAGGGGAGAUGGGGAGACCAGAGCACCCGCAUGCCAGCAUGCCUCCUCGAUGGAGGAGUGGCAAGAACUUCUGCUUCCUAAUCAUCGCGGCUGUCCUGCUCCUUUCGAUUGGGUUUCUGAUCGGCUAUUUGAGUUACCGUGGACGAAUGCAGAAGGCUGGCAGGUGUCUGGAUGGAAGUGGCAAGUGUGAGGUGACCCCUACUGCUUCUUACUUAACUGAUGAUGAUGAAACUGAGGAAGAAGAGGUACCUGGACCACCUGUCUUCUACUGGCCUGACCUCAGAGACCUGUUGUCAAAUAAGCUGUCAUCCAAAAAUCUUGAGGCCAACCUGAGGCAACGAGAAAAUAAGUACUCCUUUGAAGCUGGCGAGAAUGAAGAUGGGCAAACUGCUCACAACAUCCAUGACCAGUUUACAAGCUUCCUCAUGGAUGAAGUGUGGAAUGAUGAGCACUACAUUAGGCUACAGGUCAAAGGAGGCAACAACAAAGUGUCUAUUCAGCAAGGCGAUAAAGAGGAGCCACUGGAGAGUACCGAGGUGUAUGUGGCUUACAGCAAGAAUGGCUCUGUUACUGGCAAACCAAUCUUUGUGAACUAUGGAGAGAAAGAUGAUUUUCAGAGGCUACAGAGUCAGGAUGUUUCACUGAAUGGAACUAUAACCAUCUUCAAAGCUGGGAAAAUAACCCUUGCUGAGAAGGUUGCAAAUGCUGAAGAGGCUGGAGCAAUUGGUGCCUUGAUGUACCUGGAUCCCUUUGAUUACAAGAAGGCAGAUGAUCUUGUCCCCUUUGGACAUGCUCACCUGGGAACUGGAGACCCUUUCACCCCAGGCUUUCCUUCCUUCAACCACACCCAGUUCCCACCAGUGGAGUCUUCUGGACUACCUCAUAUUGUUGUUCAGACCACCUCUAGCAGUGCAGUGCGCCAGCUGUUUGGGAAAAUGGAUGGACAGGACUGUUUUCAGGAUUGGAAAAGUGAGGUCAUGGGAUGUAAGGUGAUGUCGAAAAGUGAGAUCAAAGUGAAACUGACUGUGAACAACGUUAUGGUGGACAGGAAGAUUCUGAACAUCUUUGGUGCUAUCAAGGGAUUUGAAGAACCAGAUCGUUACGUUGUGAUCGGAGCCCAGAGAGACUCCUGGGGCCCGGGGGCGGCCAAGGCUGGCGUUGGAACUGCCAUACUGUUGGAACUUGCCCGUGUGAUCUCAGAAAUGGUGAAAAAAGAUGGCUACAAACCAAGGCGCAGCAUCAUCUUUGCUAGCUGGAGUGCAGGAGACUUCGGAGCUGUGGGUGCUACUGAAUGGCUGGAGGGAUACUCUGCCAUACUACAUGCCAAAGCCUUCACUUACAUUAACUUGGAUGCUGCAGUCCUAGGCUCCAGCCACAUGAAGAUUUCUGCUAGCCCAUUGCUGUACACAUUGCUGGAGAGAAUAAUGAAAGGGGUGAAGGAUCCAAUGAAUGUUCAGAGAAGUCUGUUUGACAAAGUUGGCUCUGACUGGGUAAAAACAGUUGUUCCCCCUGGUCUGAACAACGAAGCAUUCCCUUUCCUGGCAUACUCUGGAAUCCCAGUAGUUUCCUUUUGUUUCUGCAGUAAAGAUCAGGAGUAUCCCUUCUUGGACACUACUAAGGACACUGUGGAGAACCUGAAGGAGAUCAGCAAUUUGUAUGGGCUUAUGCGUGCAGCUGCAGAAUUUGCUGGACAAAUAGCACUCAGACUGACCCAUGAUCAUGAGCUCUUCCUGGAUUUUGAGAGAUAUAAUGACGAAUUGCUAGCAUUCCAGAGGAAGGUUUUGCCCUAUGAUGAGAAAGUGAAGGCACUGGGUCUGACCUUGAACUGGCUGUUUUACGCCCGUGGUGACUUCAAGCGAGCUACAGAUGCACUGAGAAGAGACAUUGCAAGCAGUGACAGGGAAAACAGGAUCAUCCGCAGAGUCCUGAAUGACAGGAUCAUGAAGGUGGAGUAUGACUUCCUCUCCCCGUACCUGUCACCCAAAGAUGUUCCCUUUCGCCACAUCUUCUUUGGCAAAGGCUCCCACACCCUGCAGAGUCUGCUGGACAACCUGCAUCUGCUGGAAUCCAGCAAGGGCAACAUGGAUGUGAACAUGCUGAAAGAGCAGCUGGCCCUGGUGACCUGGACCAUUAAAGGGGCUGCCAAUGCCUUAGCAGGUGAUAUCUGGAAUACAGACAACGAAUUCUAGAUAUGAUAAGCUCCUGGCUAAGGUACAGGAUUAGGGAAACCCACUCCCUAACAUGAGAUUUUUCUGUAGAUUUUCUGGCAACAAAUCCUUUUUGACCAAAGUUGAGCAUAAAAUUUAAAUCUCAUCUUGACAAAUUCACAGAAGGCCAUUUUAAAGCAGGUACUAAGAUGACCAUAAAAUGUCCUCUGACCAGGCUCCCAUCUGCCCACAGUCCAAAUCAGUUGUCUACAGCUGCUUGUGGGGUUUGCUCUCCAGUGUACUUGAGAACUAACAACUUGGGUGACUCCUGAACUGGUACCUUGAGUGGGGAGGUACCUCCACC